AUGUCCUUAGAAGACAUAGUCAAAAGCCUUGCCACUAACACUCAAAGUUUUCAGCAAGAAACCAAGGCAAGCAUCAAGAAUCUUGAGCACCAAAUGGCACAACUUGCUACUUCAGUUAGUAGGUUGGAAUCUCAAGGAAAGUUAGCUGCCCAAACUGAGAAAAACCAAAGGCACAAUGUAUGUGCUAUCACAUUGAGAGGUGGAAAGAGUUAUGAUGACCCACCAAUAUCGGUUGAUCAAGAAAAAGAAGAGGAGAUAGUGGUGAAUAAGUCAAGUAAUGAGGAGGAAAAUAAAGAAAAAUCCAACAAAAAGAAGCUUGCCACCACCGAAGUCAAAUAUACUCCAGUCGCUCCAUUUCCUGAAAGAUUGGUGAGCACAAAGAAAGAACGAGAGGAGAGUGAGAUCAUGCAAAUGUUUCAGAAAGUUCAUGUCAAUAUCCCACUCCUUGAUGUCAUCAAACAGGUACCUAGAUAUGCUAAGUUCUUAAAGGAACUUUGCAUAUCUAAAAAGAAACUUAAAGGAACAUUGAGCAAAACCGGUGUAAUCAUUCAACUUGCUAACCGGUCGAUAGUACACCCAAAAGGUGUGCUAGAGGACGUGUUAGUUCAAGUCAAUGAACUUAUUUUCCCAGCUGACUUUUAUGUUCUAGUUAUGGGAGAUGAUGACUCCCCAAAUUCAAGUUCCAUACUUUUGGGUAGACCUUUUCUUAAAACAACAAAAACCAAAAUUGAUGUCUACAAUGGAACUUUAUCAAUGGAAUUUGAUGGGGAGGUCAUUAACUUCAAUAUUAUUGAAGAGAAGAGGUACCCAAAUGAUGAGAUUCCAGAAAAACUCAAGUUGGAUAAAGAGAUGUUGGUAAAUGUGGAGUUUAUAGAUGAAAAGAAGAACAUAAGGUUCCACGAAAUGGGUAUUCACCAAAAGCUAAAGAUCCAAGAAUUAGAGGAGAUUAAAAAUGAAGCAUUUGAGAGCUCACACAUCUACAAGGACAAGACCAAAGCAUUCCAUGAUAAGUACCUCUCCCGUAAGAUCUUUGAGAUUGGUCAAAAGGUAUUACUCUAUGACUCUCGUUUUAAAUGGUUUUUCGGUAAGUUACGGUCCCGGUGGAUUGGACCGUUCAUUGUUACUAAUAUAUUUGAUCAUGAUGCAAUUGAGAUUAAGAGUAACAAAACUGGAAAAGUAUUCAAAGUUAAUGGUCAUAGGUUAAAGGUCUUCUAUGAAGGUUUCCGAGAGAAAGACAUGGAGGUUGACAGCUUGGAAUGCCCAGACUACAUUGAGUGA